AUGGCCGCCCAACAAGACUUUAGCUCCAAGUACACCAACGCAAACCUCUCCGCGAACGCCGCACCCUACGAUUCGGAUCUGUUCGCCAAUCUUGUCAAGCAGCUUGAGGAUACGGACGGUGGGAGCAUUAGCAAAGUAGCCUCGGCAAUUGUAGCAGUGGUCCUCUGCGCGCAAAAGCGCGGUGACGCCGUGGCUGGGCUCUUCAGAGAUAUUACCAGGAUCCAGUCAGAUCAGCGGAAGAAAGAAUGCUUUAUGUCACUCAGGCAUGGCAUUAGUCUUACCUGGCCAUUCUUUGGACUACCCAACUCUAUGCCUGCUUGUCUGGGAUUAGUCAAUGAACUCCGCCAAGAUCACAUCACUGUCCCUAGUCAAAUUGAUAGGUCAGUUGAGAUAGCAGAUUGGCUUGCCAAGGGAUACGAAACUAACCGAGCCAUCUACCACGCCGUGGGAAACGCAGAGGUCGGAAAUAUGAUUGCUGAAUAUUUUCCAGAAAUCUCAUAUAUAGCCAACGCAGCGGUGUUUGGCUUCUUGAUUGGUGGUUCUGAGAAUAUCCAGACGUUGCCAUUGAGUGAACUGAUUGUCGCAAGCGCCAUCGCAGGAACAGGGGCAACACGACAGACUAAAAGUCAUUUCAAGGGUUCACUAGGACUCGGGAUCUCACCAGAGGCGCUGCAGGCGGUCUGGAGUGUGGUCAAAGAAGUUGCUGCUUGGAAUAAAUCUGCUCCGCUAGGAAAGGUUGAUGUUUUAGAAUUGGUAGAGGAAGUAAAAGCAAACUUGCAGUCUGCUAAAUAG